AUGAGAGUCGCCCGACCUUCCUUCAACCCGGGCCGGACGAAAAACAUCAUCCAUGGGUUCCAGGGAUUUAUCAUCUUCCUGGCGUGGGCCUUGACUAUCGCCGUGUUCACUAAGGGCGGUGGCAUUGAUGGGAGAUCCGCCUGGUACUGGGCCUUGUGCUGGUUCAGUAUCCCCGGUCUCAUCUACUUAGUGGCCGUCCCCAUGUGGCCGCGCGCACGCCGGUUUGGAAAUGUGUACGCCUUCGCGACCGUGGACUGCCUGUACGCCAUCUUAUGGUUCAGUGCCUGGGUCUGUGUCGCCAGCUACGUGGCGCAGGGGAAGAGCGAGGGUAAGAGCGACAGCUCGACGGACAGCGACAGCAAGUCCAGCAGCAAGCGGGCGAGCGACAGCAAGAAGAGCGGCUGCGACAACUGGGCCUACGGCAACGCCAGCAAGUGCAAGAUCAGCACGGCCACCGUGAUCUUGGGUGUUAUUGUCUUCUUACUCUUCGUGGUCACCGCGUUCAUGUCCUUCCGCAACGUCGUGCACUUCCGCCGCACCGGCACCCUGCCCGACGCCGUCUCCGACCCGACCUUCGCCGCCCACACCAAGGCCGCGUUCUCGUCCAACCCGGCGCACGAUUUCGAGGAGGAGGAAGACGACUUCCGGUCGCGCGCGGGGAUGGGCUCGUCGGUCCGCGGCGAUCGCGAUGAGGACUACGCCCUGCUGCAUCAGAGCGAGGCGGAUGACUUCGGCAGCACCACGCACGGCCGCUCGGCGGCGUCGGGCGCCUACGACCCGACCGUCUCGACGGGCAGCGUGCUGCACGACUACAACACCAGCUACGGCGGGGCGCACGGUCAGCACUACGGCGGACCGUCGGAGUUUCUGCCAAUCUGCCUCACCAUUUACCAGCUACACUACAGCUACAGCAUACACAGCUAUACUGACUACUGUACGAAUCCAAGUCCAUCAACGAGCCGAACGAAAUACGAAAACCCCCAAACAAUCAACCUACUCCACACGAACAACACCCACCUCAUAAACACCACUACCAAAAUAAACCACCACCAAACCACCAAACAACAACAACAACAACAACAACAACAACAACAACAACAACAACAGCAACCACAACAACCGAAAAUGUCCAGCAUAGACAUCUACAACCCCCUCCCGCUCCACCUGGACCCAACCUCCAAAGCCAUCACCCUCACCCACCCCUCCACAUCGACAUCCACCCUCCAAUCCGAACUCACCGCGCUAAACUCCCUCCACCGCGCCCUCCUCGAAACGCCCAACCAGAUCCCCCCGCCCCCGCUCCCCAUCAACCCCAAGCGCAGCGCCCAGAUCACCAAACUCCGGGACAGUGCCAACGCCGCCUACCGCAAGAACCACUUCGCCGACGCCGCCCGGCUGUACGGGUACGCGAUCGACAUGGCGCUGGGCCGGCCCGGGUGGGAGCCCGUGACGCUGGCGCGCGACGAGCUGGCGGGGCUGUACGCGAACCGGGCGCAGGCGUGGAUGAGCCAGCGGCUGUGGGUCGAGGCGCUGGUGGAUGCGCGGUGCAGUGUCGAGAGCAAGGCGGUGGGCAAUGUGAAGGCGUGGUGGCGCGGGGGCAAGUGCUUGGUGGAGAUGGGGAGGUGGGAGGAGGCACGGCGGUUUGUGGAAAGGGGGCUCGAGAUUGAGGGGAGGGAGAGUGAGGGGGGCAGGGAGUUGGUGGGCUUGCUUGGGGAGGUGCGGGAGGGGGAGGCGAGGGAUAAGCGGGUUUGA